UUUCCCCCCUAAAGGCAUAGACAAGAAAAGAAAUUUUAUUGAGAGCAAAACACAAGUCCUUAAACUGCAAAGAUGUUUGCCAGGAUGUCUGAUCUCCAUGUUCUGCUGUUAAUGGCUCUGGUGGGAAAGACAGCCUGUGGGUUCUCCCUGAUGUCUUUAUUGGAAAGCCUGGACCCAGACUGGACCCCUAACCAGUAUGAUUACAGCUACGAGGAUUAUAAUCAGGAAGAGAACACCAGUAGCACACUUACCCACCCUGAGAAUCCUGACUGGUACUACACUGAGGACCAAGCCGAUCCAUGCCAGCCCAACCCCUGUGAACACGGUGGGGACUGCCUCGUCCAUGGGAGCACCUUCACAUGCAGCUGCCUGGCUCCUUUCUCUGGGAAUAAGUGUCAGAAAGUGCAAAAUACGUGCAAGGACAACCCAUGUGGCCGGGGCCAAUGUCUCAUUACCCAGAGUCCUCCCUACUACCGCUGUGUCUGUAAACACCCUUACACAGGUCCCAGCUGCUCCCGAGUGGUUCCUGUAUGCAGGCCAAACCCCUGCCAGAAUGGGGCUACCUGCUCCCGGCAUAAGCGGAGAUCCAAGUUCACCUGUGCCUGUCCUGACCAGUUCAAGGGGAAAUUCUGUGAAAUAGGUUCUGAUGACUGCUAUGUUGGCGAUGGCUACUCUUACCGAGGGAAAAUGAAUAGGACAGUCAACCAGCACGCGUGCCUUUACUGGAACUCACACCUCCUCUUGCAGGAGAAUUACAACAUGUUUAUGGAGGAUGCUGAAACCCAUGGGAUUGGGGAGCACAAUUUCUGCAGAAACCCAGAUGCGGACGAAAAGCCCUGGUGCUUUAUUAGAGUUACCAAUGACAAGGUGAAAUGGGAAUACUGUGAUGUCUCAGCCUGCUCAGCCCAGGACGUUGCCUACCCGGAGGAAAGCCCCACUGAGCCAUCAACCAAGCUUCUGGGGUUUGACUCCUGUGGAAAGACUGAGAUAGCAGAGAGGAAGAUCAAGAGAAUCUAUGGAGGCUUUAAGAGCACGGCGGGCAAGCACCCAUGGCAGGCGUCCCUCCAGUCCUCGCUGCCUCUGACCGUCUCCAUGCCCCAGGGCCACUUCUGUGGUGGGGCGCUGAUCCACCCCUGCUGGGUGCUCACUGCUGCCCACUGCACCGACAUAAAAACCAGACAUCUAAAGGUGGUGCUAGGGGACCAGGACCUGAAGAAAGAAGAAUUUCAUGAGCAGAGCUUUAGGGUGGAGAAGAUAUUCAAGUACAGCCACUACAAUGAAAGAGAUGAGAUUCCCCACAAUGAUAUUGCAUUGCUCAAGUUAAAGCCAGUGGAUGGUCACUGUGCUCUAGAAUCCAAAUACGUGAAGACUGUGUGCUUGCCUGAUGGGUCCUUUCCCUCUGGGAGUGAGUGCCACAUCUCUGGCUGGGGUGUUACAGAAACAGGAAAAGGGUCCCGCCAGCUCCUGGAUGCCAAAGUCAAGCUGAUUGCCAACACUUUGUGCAACUCCCGCCAACUCUAUGACCACAUGAUUGAUGACAGUAUGAUCUGUGCGGGAAACCUUCAGAAACCUGGGCAAGACACCUGCCAGAAAAUCAGUGUUCACAGAGACUGCCUCCACCACAGACAUCUGCAAAUGCAGACUCCAGAAUCCCCAGCAUCAGCGGGAACCACCAUCACAUCUUUAUUCCUCAGCCCAGACACUCGAGGCACUCAACGGAAUCAGCCAUCCACGUCUAGGUAUCAGAGAGGACCACAAAUACAACAUUCUCCAUCUGCUUUCAGAGUUAUUUUAAUAAAGGAAGAUCUUGGAUGGGCUGGUGGGCCAUUUUUCCAGCUUGCCGAAAUCAAAGCCAUCUGAAGCCUGUCUCUGGUGAACAGACUUCCUCUCUGGCCUCUCAGGAAUCAGGGUGGACAUGGCUCACAACAGCAGGGCCUUCUUCCUUUUGACGUGCAGAAUCUCAGUGGCAUCUGGGUUCACCUCCCUACUCUGAUGCUCUCCAGCCUCCACUGCUUCUGCCCCCCGCUGCUGAAAUCAAACAUACCCCAAGUUAAAAUGAAGCUCCCCCACCCCCACCCUCCGGCCCCGGUUCCCACAGGACACGCUAAGAAGCGCAGGGAGCAUUUAACAGGCUCACCCUCCCCUUCCUUUUCCCCUCUUCUACCCUCCCCAAGAAAAAGGGCCCUCAAGGCAAGAAUGAGAAAGAAGCAAAGCCAAUCUCUCAUUUAGACCUGGCUUCUUUCUUCUGAACAAAGUAGGGUUCAAAAUGCAGACUGUCAUAUCCAGCGAGUCCCUGACCCUUUCUGCGAAUGUAACGAGCAAGCAGUCAGCACAGCCUGGGCUGCCCUGGCCCGGGAUUGAUGUAGCCCCGGUAGGUUUGCCUCUGCAGAACUAAUGGCUGUGACUUCAGAGAAAGCCCUGCAGGAAGUUUAACCUGCGUGUCAUCUGCCUGGUCAUCUCAGACCCAUGAAAUUAGGCGCCUUGUUUGAGCUGCGUUUCACACUUCUUUAGAGCUAGCUGACCUUUGGCCAAAAAUAAACUUUGAAAAGAAACAA